AAAAGUUGUUUGUUUUGGUUCCUGUUUUCUAUGGGGAAGCUUGUUUUACUUCCAACAUGUGUUCCACGGGCUUCCAUAUGUGCUUAGGUAAAUUCUCAGAUAAUCAAGAUUCAGCCUUUAAAUCACAGCCACGAAAACAGUUUUCAAAACCCAGAAAAGGAACUGAAAGCCUCACAUAGAACACAAAAAACUCUCAAGUUUGCAAAGAAACAGACCAUGGAUAGCAUGUUAUGCGAUGAAUUAGUUCAAGAAAUAUUCAGAAAACUGCCAUCAAAACCAUCAUCUUCUUUAUCAGUUUGUUUAGUUUCCAAACGUUGGCUUAACCUUUACAGAGUCUCAAAAGCAUCUCUUUCUCUCAGGUUCCUUCCACACAAUUCUACUCUUGUCUCUCUGUCUUCUCUUCUUUCUCAGUACCCUUCUCUUUCCUUUGUCAGUCUUGUUCUAUCUGAUGCCACCUCCUCCAUCAACAACUCAACCGACACUGCCUUUUCCGACCACUUGCUUUCCAUUGUUUCUUCUUCUUGUUCUAACCUGCGUCAUCUCAGGUUCUUAGCCGGCCCAGUUUCUGGUCUUCCUUUCUUGUCCCUAUCAACAUCUUGUUCCAAACUCACUUCAAUCACUGUUUCUUUAUCCAGACCUCUUUUUCUCAACUGGGUUGUUUCGUUUUCUUGCUUGAAGGAGUUGUUUUUGUAUGUGUGUUCAACUGCUGGUGGUGUUGAUGACGAAGAUAAGCGAUUUGAGCCGAUUUCAAAUGAAGAAUUGGAUGUAAAAUUCGGUUUAGAAACUCUCUGUUUGUCAGGAAUUCGGGCAGCUGAUAAGGGCGUUAGUUGGCUAUGGAGGAACUGCAAAAGGCUCAACAAAUUACAGCUAAAGAGCUGUGAGAGUGUUGGCGAUGGAGAGUCUUUUUCAUCAUUUAUCUGCUGCGUGGAAGGUCUUCAAGAAGUAGAGUUAAGGAAAUGUAGGAGCAUAAUUGAUAGAGUACUCUUACGAUUAGCAGAGAAUUGUGCUUCAUUGAAUUCAUUACUGAUCCACGAUGGAUGUAGCAGACAAGUGUUGCUUGAAUUCAUAACAACUUGCAGGCGUAAUCUUCAGAAACUUGACCUUCGAUUGCCAUUAGACCUUGAUAACGAUCACCUCUUAGCCAUUGCUAUGAAUACAAGAAGCCUCUCAACACUUAGGCUUCAAAGUUGCUGUCUGGUAACCGGUGAAGGUCUGCAGCUUCUCGGGACUGCCUUGAACCCUACACUUGAACAAUUGGCUUUAAUAAAUUGUGAUGUUGUGGAUAGAGAACUAGGGUUGCUAGCCACAAUGGGUCAAAAUUUGAAGAUGCUAAGGAAACUGGACUUGUCUUACAAUGAAAUGUUGGUCGAUAAAGAGUUGGUUUCUAUGCUAGUUUCUUGCAAUAAUCUGGCCGAAUUGAGGUUGAGAGGUUGCAGAAAGCUAACGAGUAUUACUAUGGUUUCCAUAUCUAAGACCUGCAAAAGCUUGCAAAGUGUUGAUAUUAUGAACUGUCAUGGGAUUGAAACUCAGGAUGUGGAGUUCUUUGUCUUGAAUUGUCCACUUUUGAGACAGAUUCAGGUUGAGGACAGCAAGGUUUCAGACAUUGCAAGGACAAGGGCUUGUCAUAAAUUUAUAGAGGUAACUUCUGGUUGAUAUUUCAGUUCUUCAUCUUUUAUUGGUACCA